AUGAGCAACAAUGAAGGGUCAGAUUCCCAAGCUAUUGAGAAUAAUGCCAAGAGUGAAAAUAUCACCACUGCACCAUUUAGUUGCCAUCAGUGUCGGAAGAGCAAGCUAAGGUGUGAUCGAACAAGGCCAUGCUGCAGUCGAUGCUUAAAGCAAAGUUACGAGUGCAUCUACUCCAGCUCAAGACAGCCUUAUCGGGGUACAAAUAGAGGUCAGACCAAAGAUUUGGAGGCAAAACUCGGUCGUCUCGAGAGGCUGCUGCAGGCUUCACAGCAAACCCAGACUUCUUACCCUCAAGGUAAUCAUUACAAGUCCAAUCCUGUUUCACUUGCAGAUAUAAUACCACCAAACCAACAAAACGAUGAGAUUGCGAGGCCGAGUCCGUUCGAAGACCCUCCACCUCAACAUCUCGUCGAAACACUGACGAACAUUUACUUCGACAAUGUCCAUCAAGCAGCCCCUAUGCUACACAGACAACGGUUCAUGGCAUCUCUCUUUUUGCCAGACCAUACGAAGGCGCCAUUGUGCCUCCAGUACAUCGUUAUGGCUUUUGCUACAGAGACUACCGAGUCAUACCACCAUCUAAGCAUGGAGUUCUACAAGCGUGCUAGAAAUUAUCUUCAAGAACAGGAACUCGGGAACCUCGGAACGAAUGACUUGUCGCUGGGUCAUGUGCAAGCUUGGGCUCUGAUGUCUUGCUUCGAAGCAGAACAUACCAUGUUCGCCAAAGCUUCCAUUACUUUAUCAUCCGCUCUAAGAGCUGCACAGAUGUUGAAUCUACAUCGGGUUGAUAUUCCCAAGUCAAUGGAAACUGUGUCAACGGACUGGAUUAAACUGGAGGAGCGACGCCGAACGUGGUGGACUAUAUUCUGUUUCGACAGGUUUGUUUGUGCAACAACCGGAUGGCCAGCCCUGAUACAUCAGAGUAAGGUGAGAUCAACUAGUUUAGGCUAUGGAUGGACACUGACAAGGACGCAGAUAGACACUCGUCUUCCAGCUUCCGACGAAGCAUAUGCAUACGGAAGAGAAGAGCAAACAAGCUUUCUAGGAGAUCAGCUACUUGAAGCUGAACCACACUCAUCUUUCGCUGGGAGAGUACUCACAGCGCACAUGUUUCACCGUACCAUUGAGCAUAAUAAUUCUGACAACAUCCAAGGACAAGGUGCUGAAGCUUUAACCGAUGACACAUACUGGCAACGGCAUAGAGAGAUCGACAAUGACCUCAAGUUUAUGCUUCUGAUGUUACCGAAGAAACUUUGUCUUCCCACCAACUACAAGAGUCACAAUGCCGUGUUUGUCAAUGUUAUGCUUCACACAGCUACGAUAUGCCUUCACAGAGCAGCCCUAUGGAGGAUGAAGUCGAAUUUGCAGGGACUGCCAAGUUACAUGAUCCGAUUGUCUCAAGACCGUUUAGUUCCGGCAGCAGAAGAGAUUCUCAACAUCUUCAAAAUGAUACCGGAACUGAGGACGACCUUUUCGAAUCCUCUCAUCUGCGUCGCAGCAUAUAUGGCUGCUUUGGUCUUCCUGUCAUGUACAUCUCCCGCCGAACCCGAUGUACAGAGUGAGGAGAAUCUCGACUUCAUUCUCAGGAUUAUGGUGGCUUUUGGGGACAACAAUUCUGUCGUCAACGCUGUAUCAAAUGAGAUUAUGAAAGAGAUGAGCCAGUGUGGCAUCACCUCUGCAACUAUGUGCAAGGUAUCCAAUGAUAUUGUCUCAAGCUGCGUCAUGGAUACUAACAGCUUGUACAGUUGA